UGCGGGGCCGCCGAGCGCGGGGGAGCAGCGGCUGCAGGCGCGCGGGGAGGGGGGUGGGGUGGGCCGCUGCUCGGCCGCGGGUGCUGGUGCAACGGGGCCGGGGCGGCUCGGUGCCUUCCUCCCUGCUGCAGCCGGGUGCAUAUUUUUUCUUUCUUUUUUGCAAUUUUGAACAUUUUGCAAGACGAGGGGCUCGAGGCAGGUGAGAGCAUCCUGCACGUCGCGAGGAGCCCGCGGGCGCUUGGCGCGCUCUCGGGGGACUGUCUGCACUGGGCACCCGAAAGUUUUUUUUUGGCUUUAUUUUUUUUUUUUAAUGCAGAUGUAUUUAUAAAGAAAUAAGUUUUUUUUUUUUUUCUUGUCUCCACCGCCUUGCAAGCGAGUACUUUUGGCAAAGGACGGAGGAGCGAGCUCAGCAACAUUUUGGGGGGCGGUUGGUUUUUAUUGUUUUAAGAAAAACAAAUUGAGUGCAUCGCGAUGGAGAAAAUGUCCCGACCGCUCCCCCUGAACCCCACCUUUAUCCCGCCACCCUACGGCGUGCUCAGGUCCUUGCUGGAGAAUCCGCUGAAGCUCCCCCUUCAUCAUGAAGACGCAUUUUGUAAAGACAAAGACAAGGAGAAGAAGCUGGAUGAUGAGAGCAAUAGCCCGACGGUCCCCCAGUCAGCAUUCUUGGGACCCACCUUAUGGGACAAAACCCUCCCCUAUGACGGAGACACUUUCCAGUUGGAAUACAUGGACCUGGAGGAGUUUUUGUCAGAAAACGGCAUCCCCCCCAGCCCAUCUCAGCAUGACCACAGCCCGCACCCUCCCGGGCUGCAGCCAACUUCCUCCGCUGCCCCCUCCGUCAUGGACCUCAGCAGUCGGGCCUCUGCACCCCUUCACCCUGGCAUCCCAUCCCCGAACUGUAUGCAGAGCCCCAUCAGACCAGGUCAGCUGCUGCCAGCAAACCGCAACACACCGAGCCCCAUCGACCCCGACACCAUCCAGGUCCCCGUGGGGUACGAGCCGGACCCGGCCGAUCUGGCCCUCUCCAGCAUCCCUGGCCAGGAAAUGUUCGACCCUCGCAAACGCAAGUUCUCUGAGGAAGAACUGAAGCCACAGCCCAUGAUUAAGAAAGCCCGCAAAGUCUUCAUCCCUGACGACCUGAAGGAUGACAAGUACUGGGCAAGGCGCAGAAAGAACAACAUGGCAGCCAAGCGCUCCCGAGACGCCCGGCGGCUGAAGGAGAAUCAGAUUGCCAUCCGGGCUUCGUUCCUGGAGAAGGAGAACUCGGCCCUCCGCCAGGAGGUGGCUGACUUGCGAAAGGAGCUGGGCAAAUGCAAGAACAUACUUGCCAAGUAUGAGGCCAGGCACGGGCCCCUGUAGGAUGGCAUUCUUGUGGGCUGGCUUUUGAAUAGAUGGACAGUUUGUUUCCUGUCUGAUAGCACCACACCCGAACCAACCUUUCUGACAUCAGCACUUUACCAGAGGCAUCAACACAACUGACACAUUUUGGUGUGUGUGCGUGAGUAUAUGUGCUUGUGCUCGUGUGUGUGUGGUCAACGGUGUGUGGGCGUUCCUUUGCACUUGCCAUUUUAAGAGAGCCCUCUCAUCAUCUUGAGUCCCCCCCAAAAGAAAGGUGCCAUGUUUUUACUGGACUCCGGAGCCCUCUCUGGGGUUUCCUGCAGACCCCCUUGUUCCCCACCUCCACCCUUUCAGAAUUGCUUCCUGUUCUUCUUACCUACUUUUCGGGGACCCUCCGCUUGGAUCCACUAAAAGGGCCCCGGUAGCAUAGUAGAGCUCAGUUUUCAAGACUGCAGACUCUUGUUUCUGUUUAAUCUGUAAGUUUCCAUGCUGAUUAGGUGCCGUGGAUAACUUAGCACUACACUGCAGCUCCGUUCGGUUACAGGUUGCUUUCCUCAUUUUUUCAGUUCUGGUGAUAAUCGUCUUCAAAUUUAAAGUGCUGUUUAGAUUCAUUAGAUCUCAUAUUUACUUACUGCUCUCUACUAAGUUUCCUUUUAAUUCUACCAACCCCAGAUAAGUAAGAGUACUCUUAUAGAACACAGAGUGUGUUUUUGCACUGUCUGUACCUAAAGCAAUAAUCCUAUUGUACGCUAGAGCAUGCUGCCUGAGUAUUACUAGUGGACGUAGGAUAUUUUCCCUACCUAAGAAUUUCACCGUCUUUCGAAAAACAAAAAAUUAAAGUAUGCAUUUGAGCAUGCCCAGCACAUCCCCAGGACAGGGAAGCAGAGGGAAAUGCCAGGUCUAAGAAGGAGGGGUUAAUUUAUCAGUAAGUAAGCCAAAAAAUGCAUCUUGGAACAACUUUUGACGUUGACAUGUUUGGUCCUAUAUCCCACCACCCACUUUUCUAGUAAAAGUUUUCCAUAGCCCUCUUGAUAUUCAGACAACUCAAUUGCUUAAGAUUCAGUUUUCCCCAAUUUUUGUAAUAUAUAUAUUUUUUGUGAAUUAUACUUGCUGUUUUUAAAAAUCAGUUAAUUAAGUUAAUAAGUUGAUGUUUUGUAAGACCCUCUUCCCUAGUGGUGUCAUUUUUGAAUGCUUCAUAAAUUAAUAAUUCUGGAGCUUAUGUUUCUUAUUCUCUGUUUGCUUUUAAACAUAUGUGCUCUUAUAAAGUGGACUUCUGAAAAAUGAAUGUAAAAGACACUGGUGUAUCUCAGAAGGGGAUGGUGUUGUCACAAACUGUGGUUAAUCCAAUCAAUUUAAAUGUUUACUAUAGACCAAAAGGAGAGAUUAUUAAAUUGUUUAAUGUUUAUACAGAGUAAUUAUAGGAAGUUCUUUUUUGUACAGUAUUUUUCAGAUAUAAAUACUGACAAUGUAUUUUGGAAGACAUAUAUUAUAUAUAGCAAACAGAAAAGGAAAACUAUUCCAUGUUUUAAAAUUAUAUAGCAAAGAUAUAUAUUCAUCAAUGUUGUACAGAGAAGAAGCUCUUGGGGAUUUUGAAGCCUUUCAUAUUUCAAGCCAAUCACUGACACAUUAGCAUGUUUUUCUGCUUUAAAUUAAAAUUUUAUGACAAUAUCGAGGCUUAUUGUGACAAAUUCCGCUCUAAAACAUAUAAGGAACUUUCUUGUUUCCUCUUAGGUCUCAGAAAGAAGUCAGUGAAUGUCACCCAAAAGCACAAAAUGAAUGUUAGUCAAAUAUUUAUUGGAUGAUACCGUGUUUAGGAAAAGCAUCUGCCACAAAAAUGUUCACUUCAAAAUUAUGAGUUCCUGGAAUGGAAUAUCACUGCAAACACCCCAAAUGGUUCUGUGCUCUGUGGCCACGGGCAUCUUCUGCAGUAGAAGGUUGAUAUCGGUGCUAUGUGUAUGGUUUAUAAUCGGGUAGAUGUUUUGACUUUAAAGGUGAUUGUUCUUUUGUUUUACUAAGUUGUGUAAUGUCAAGAGAUUCUGCUGUUAUCACAAAGAAACAUUUUGUGCUAGAUUAAAAUAUCCUUUAUCCAUAGGAUUUUCUAGUUUUCUGCCUCCCAAGUAUCUAAUUCUUUAAUGGCUUGGUGGUCUUCUUGUCAAUCCAUCAGCAAUGCUUCCCUCACGGUGGUAUCACCUUGGAAAACCUGACUAGGAAGCUAUUCCUACUAGGUAUGCAUUUGGCCUCAGCUAUGGAUUAUGGGGAGAGAUGGGAGAGUCCUGGAACUGAAACAGAUUGUUCUGGUAAAUAAGUAAUGAAACAAAGCCAUUGGCAGCCUACGCAGAACUUCACAAGUGAUAUUCAGAGACACAUGGACACAGGUUUGACCUUUUUACAGAGGUAAAGAGGGUAGCUGCAACAGAAUUGUUAAGAGGCAGUGGUGACCAAAACAUACGCAGAUGACAUCUUUCAAUGGAGAAAUGCUGAGAGGUUGCACCGUGGCUCAUCCACUUUCAUUGACGUGUAAAAUGGUAGCUGAGAGUCUGUAUGUGAGCACUGGUCGUUCUUAGAAUUCAGCUGUUUGUAUCAAAUGAGCGUCACCUAUUUUUUCUGCAGAAGAAAUAAAAGGCUCGUUUAAAAAAAAAAUUAUUCCUUUGUAUGCCAGGAGAGAUUUCCAAAGCCUACCUCGUCUUAAACAUGUUUAAACUUUGGAGCCUGUGCAGGUGCCUUCUGUGUGGGUCAUUGUCCCAGACACGCCUGAGCACUCUUGCCUGGACUCAUUCCACCAGUCCAGGGCAGCUAACUAGCAAAAAAGCAGUUCUGGUAAGUGCGUGGGCCCCAUGGCCUGAUUUGGAAUGAUUUGGAUCAACCAGGGUCAAAUGAGUUCUCCAGACUGCAGCUAUUCUAAGAGUCCUGUUGUCAUUUUUCACCUCUCCAUCAUAAGCAUCUUUCAGAGAUUAAUUACUUGACCAUUAAAAAUGAAUCCAAAUCAUACCAUGCCAAAAUAACUUAGACACUAUUUGGAAUGAGCGGCCUAGGGCUUCCUGACAAGGUCACAUCGCCGUUUCUACUGCCUGGACUUUGCUAAGAAAGACAAAAAUUGAGCAGCCAGUCCUGCUCUGCGCCUUGUAGGGCUGGUGAGGGAGAUGGGAGGGCUUCCUUCUCUGGAGAAAGUGGUCACCUUUUGAGCAUUGUGAAUUUUGACAUUCAAACCCCACAUUGGCCAAGACCGUGAUAGACUUUUCUUCUUCAAGUAUAACCGGUCUCCCUGAAACCAUCUCUCAAAGCAGAAAGACCCUACUUUGAGGAGCAUGUAGAUAGGGUUCCAGCAUUGGGUGGGGAGGAAGUUAUCCUAGAGAUGCCCUUGCAAUGCACCAAUUUUGGGAGAGACCUACAAUAAUCAUGAAUGUACGUUUAAAACCCCCAGAUUAUUUUUUUUAAUAGCAAAAAAGAAAAAAAAAAAGAUCUGGAGUCUGUUUCUGGAAGAAUCCGAGAGAAUUUUAAAUGGAGCCCUGGUCACCUGCUCCAAGGUAAAAUAAAAGAUGUUCUAUAAAAUACAAAGUUAUGUUUUGCUUUUUUCUACUAGUUUAUCUAAUUUUCCCCUCAAAACUUUGGGGAAACUCAAAACUUGACCAGAGUUCAUCAGAGCGGUCCCAAGGCAGGCGGCUUGACCUGCUCACCCAUGUAGAGUACAGAGGCCAGGAUUUAAUGUGGGCAGUGAGUGGUGGGUCACCGGAGACCAUGGGCGGAACCUCUGCUCCCAGCCAGCCAGCUUCCUGCCACGGGCACCAGGACCCACAUGCCCCAGGGCAAGGAUGCCACGUCUAUAAUUAAUAAUGCCAUUUUUAAAAUGAGCAAAGCCUUAUCCCAGAUGUUGAUUGAUUAGAUUUGGGAACUAAAGCAGUACAUUUUGCAGAGGGCCAACCGUAUGUAUGGGAUGUAAUGUGGGGGUGG